AUGAUUAACGAUGUCUAUUCGGGUCCGACUAAAGCCAUCCGCAGAAGAGAAUGUAAUGCCAACAUCAUUGUCGCUUUUACCAUGGAUGGUCUGACCUCUGCUUCGGGCUGGAGACCUUCACAUACAUGUAAAUUCCUCUUAGCGGGAGAGAACCGGUAUUACCUGGAAAUUAUUUUAAGACGUCAUAUAGUCAAAGUUCCCGUUUCUGAAGUCGACCAACGACAUAACAUAUGUGAUAAUUUCGUGACCCUAUGA